AUGGAUAUUCGUGGAUGGCGAUCGCAACAAAACGAAACUUACAUGAUUCAAUACAAACCUAAAGGUGCUGAAGCACAUUUACCAGCUUCGCAAAGUUAUACAAUGUUUAAUUUCAAUCUCGAUUAUCCAGAACCGACAAAAAGAUAUGAUUCACCAGACAUAUGUGAUUUAAAACGAUCUGGUUUUGGCAAAGCUCCAUGUUUGAGUUAUUUUGAAAUACAAGAUAGACCAGUUAAAACCAUUCGUGCACGUACUGCUCGCGAUGAUUACGAUAGUGAUGAAUAUAUAAGUACCGUUUAUUUAUUAUUUACACAUGGUAUUCCAUCAGAAGCUGAACAUUUAUUCGAUUUACCUGAUCAAUGGCCUUCUUAUUGUGGCAAUGAAAACACAGGUUUUACUAUAGAACCGUACCAUGGAUUUGUAGUUUAUUCACUUGGUGACCAAGUCAAAGUUGCAUUUAAGGUACAACCAAAUUGGUAUUACAAUAGUACACAAUGUGCUAAAUUUAAUACAAUUGUUUUCGAUACAGAAAAUUGGCAAGAACCACAACAAGUCGACAUGCCUUUUGGCGAUUACGGUUGUUGCACAUACCGAAUUACUGCAAACGGUGGUGAAUACAAUUGGUAA